GAAAGAAGGCAAGGCAAAGGAGUAUUGUAUUGAGCCGAGGUUGACCGGUGAAGCUGGCGACUGAUAGUUUAUAGCUCCACACACUCGUUCCCCGGUCGCAGCUGCCUCUCCCUCCUACUAUUUUGGCCCUUUCGUUUUGCUUUCCAUCUCGUGCGUGUGUCAGGCGGGGAGAGUGGGAGAGCGUCUCGGUUGCAACCCCGAAUCUUCUCCUCCUCAGGGAGCUCCUAGAAGGCCCCUUUCUCUUUGUGUCUUGGCACUUUGUAGCUCACGGACACCGGAGGGGUCCGGUUCGUCUCGGGUGGGUGUGUCCUGACUCAUGAGGUAGACCUCCAGGACGCUUCCAGCAAUGGUGUUCCUGUAGAUGAGAUUUUGGUUUCUAUUUCUUGUGUUUCUGAUAUAUUGGGAUCUUUCAAAGGAGGGAUUUUUACCCCGCCCCUCGAAGUGUUUGUCUCUGAGAAGAAAGAGAAGAAUAGGAUUUCUUUUUGGCAUUUAAAGAAUCUUGACGUUGUUGGUGUGAGCGUGGGAGAAAGAUGAGGUUUUGAUUCGGAUUUUUUUUUGCUCUGGGAGAUGCUUUUUGUGGUCUUAUCGGAGUAGUUAUCGGAAGAAAUUAGCAGGAACGCGAAGGAGAAGGAAAGGGGGGAAGAAGGAGGGUAAGAGGUCGAUGUAACUCUGCCUGUGAUUUUUGCUACUUAAUGCCAGAGAUUAGAGAAAUAUCCUGAGAAAUCGAGGUCUGGAAUGUCGACCGAGUUGCCGGAGUCGCGGUCAUUGGCACUGACGCCUACCUGGUCGGUGGCCGCUGUGUUGACGAUCUUUGUGGCUGUUUCUUUGCUGGUGGAGCGAUCCAUCCACCGCCUGAGUUCUUGGUUGAAGAAAACCCAUCGGAACCCACUUUUUGAAGCACUAGAGAAAAUGAAGGAAGAACUAAUGUUACUUGGAUUUAUAUCGCUGCUCCUGACGGCCACCUCAAGAACUAUUUCAAAUAUUUGUAUCGAUUCAAAGUUCUAUAAUAGUAACUUCUCUCCAUGUACCAGAGAUGAGGUUGAGGAUGUGGUGAACACCGAGAAUAGCCCACCUCAACAUCACAAACAGCUUAUGGGCAUUGUUCAUCAUCUCUCCUUUAAGAGGACUUUGACUGAGCUCAGCCGGAAGACCUGUUCAGAGGGUCAUGAACCAUUUGUUUCCUAUGAAGGCCUGGAACAGCUACACAGGUUUAUAUUUGUGAUGGCAAUAACCCAUGUGUCCUACAGCUGCUUAACAAUGUUGCUUGCUAUUGUAAAGAUACAUACUUGGAGAGAUUGGGAAGAAGAAGCUCGUAGAGAUCACUAUGAUUGUUAUGGUGCGGAAAUCACAAGAGCAUUGCAAAUUAGAAGGCAGUCAAGCUUUAUGAAAAUCCAUUCAUCAAAUUCGUGGACCAGAAACAAAUUUGUUAUUUGGGUGACCUGUUUCUUUCGCCAGUUUGGAAGAUCGGUUGUACGAGCUGAUUAUCUUACCCUCCGUCGGGGAUUUAUGCUGAACCACCAUCUGAUAUCGACAUAUGAUUUUCAUAGCUACAUGAUACGCUCGAUGGAAGAAGAAUUUAAAAGGAUUGUUGGUGUAAGUGCACCAUUGUGGGGUUUUGUUGUUGCAUUUAUGUUGUUCAACAUAAAUGGAUCUAAUCUUUAUUUCUGGAUUGCCAUUAUUCCUGUCACGCUUGUGCUCCUGGUGGGUGCAAAGUUGCAGCAUGUUAUUGCAACUUUGGCACUUGAAAGUGCCGGCUUAAGUGAAUUUGGUGGUAGAUUAAAACCUCGAGAUGAUCUAUUCUGGUUUAAGAAACCAGAGCUCUUAUUAUCAUUGAUUCAUUUCAUUCUUUUCCAGAAUGCAUUUGAGCUCGCUUCUUUCUUCUGGUUCUGGUGGCAGUUUGGCUACGAUUCAUGCUUUAUUAAAAACCAUUUGCUGGUAUACUGCCGCCUUAUCUUAGGGUUUGCCGGUCAGUUCCUCUGCAGUUACAGUACGUUGCCGUUGUAUGCGCUGGUUACGCAGAUGGGAUCAAACUACAAAGCUGCACUUCUUCCGCAAAGAAUCAGAGACACGAUCCAUGGAUGGGGAAAGGCAGCAAGGAAGAGGAGAAAGCACCGACGUGGUAUGGAUGAGUCGACGAUCCACACGGAGACGAGUACCGUGUGCUCCAUCGAAGAGGAUGAGCAGGAGUUACUCGAGGAUCCCUCCGACCAUUCAUAUAUCCGGAUUGAGUUGCAGCCCUCUUCGACCAUCACUACUACCAUUACCGAUAGCGACCAUCCCACAGUUCGUAAUGGGGGUUCCACCUACAUCAACGACGAUGUCGCUCUCCUUCAUUCGUUAUCGGUACCUUCUUCCCCUGCCCUCUCGGGGCGAGGAAAUGGAAUAUCAAGGUGUGCUUCCAUGCCAAAUUGGAGAGGAUCAAGAGAUGCAUGAAAAUUUAGAGAGACUCCUGAGAGAGAGAGAGAGAUAUAUAUGUGUAUAAUGAUCGUAUGGUAAUAGGUAGUCUAAGAGUUAGCUGCAAGUGUUUUCCUGUAAUUCCCCUUGGAUGAAUACCUGAUGUAAACAAGAUUAACUGAUGAUGAACUUGUUUUACCCGAGGCUUAGGCAUCGCAAAUAUUUGAUCUCUGAUAAGUUUUAUCA